AAUCUAUUGUGAACUCAUGAUCCAGAGAAAACAGAGAACGUCAAUUAUAUGCUAAAAAUUGGUAAAUUAGUAAAAGGUAUUGCAAAUAAUUAACAAAAUAAAACACAAUGAAUGUGUAUUCCAACGCAAAGUAAUCGUGAGACAACUAAAUACAGCGAAUAGAAAUAGGCAAAGAAAAACCAGGUCAAAUACUAUAAAAACAAAGGCAGGUCAACUUCGCAAGUUGAACCCCCAGCCCACUUAACUGACGUGUCAACAGGAAACUAUUACAACAGCAAACCACCCCUUGCCAUUUCAAAAAACUUGACAUUUCCACACCAUUCCCCAGCUUAAAUCUGGCGCAUUCCAGCAACAGCAUGCGACGUAACAACUAUCCCUACCAGCCACUUAACCAAACGUCAGGGCACAGUGCGCUGGCACCCGAUGCGCUAGAGGAAGAGAAUGAACGCGCGGCAGAAGAACUAAAACACAAGAUCGGCGCACUCAAAUCACUCACCAUUGAUAUUGGAAACGAAGUGCGCUACCAGGACAAAUUAUUGCGUGGUAUUGAUGAUGAUAUGGAUCGAACGGGUGGCUUUUUGGGCAACACAAUGGCGCGAGUGGUACGAUUGGGGAAGCAUAGUGGCGGCCGUCAUAUGUGCUACAUGUUUCUCUUUAUAUUAUUUGUAUUUUUGAUACUGUAUGUUGUUAUAAAAAUCAAGUGAAUAUAGCGCUGUUUAUGGAGGCAAAGUUGAGAAUUUUAGUCAAGUAUAUUGGAGCUUGAAAACAAAAGUAAAAGUCAUGAAUGCGACCACUUAAAGUGAGCUGCCCAAAAGAGAUCGUCAUAUAAAUAGAAUAAACUAUUUUUGUAAACAUAAAAAAUAUAUAUUUGUGAUUUUUUUAAUUGUAAAUAAAAUCUAAAAGAAGAUAGCCUACAAACUAGUUAUACAUAUUGUAAAAGAAGUUCCAUUCAAUCAUCAUUACACUGUACGAGUACUUAGCUUAAUUGAUUCGUCUCUCAUAAGUGAGGAUAGUUUUGUUUUUGUAAAUAUAAAAAAGGGUGGGCCACCUACAAAAUAUUUUUUUGGACGCCAUUUGCGCUAUAUAUUUCACGGUCA